ACGCACGGCGGCGCGGCGGUACGGCGGCGAGGCAAGGAGCCGAGCCCGUACUCUGGUUUCCCGCGAGAGCGGCUUCUGGCUGGACUUGCGGAAGGCAUACAGUGUCGUGCAGACUGCAGAGCGGCCUGCAGUGCAGCCUGCAGUUCAUUGCACAGUGCAGCCGACGGAGAAUUUAGCAGUGCAGCCGACAGAGAAUUUAACAGUGCAGCCGACACAGUAGGGCCGGCGACGCGGCGACCGCGACCAUGGCCUUCGCCGCCACCCCCGGCGUCUUGGCGGUCUUGGUGUUCAUCGGCGCGCUGUGCAGCGUCGCCCCCUCUGCUUCUUCGGCGGCGAUGUGCCCGCCGCUGCGGUCCAACACGGUGCAGGUGGACUGCGUGCAGGCCGGCGAGCCCUUCAACUGCACGGAGCAGCCCUCGGCGCCGGGCACGGUGGCCACGUACCGCUGCAAGCCGCUGCACCAGCCCCUGUUCGGCUUCCUGCCCGCGGCCGGCGCCGAGUCGUACUGCCGGCCCAGCGGCGAGUGGAGCGUGCGGCCCUUCCGCUGCGUGCCCAUCUGCGGCCGCCCCACUGGCAGGCCGACGGCGCUGGUCCGCGACGGCGAGGAGGUGGGCUCGGCCGCGGACUACCCCUGGCACGUCACCAUCUACGACGUGGUGCUGGACAUGAAGCAGAUCUGCGGCGGCUCCCUCGUCACGCCCAAGUACUUCGUGUCUGCGGCCCACUGCUUCCACGACAACACCCGCGCCCUGCCCGCCACCCGCUACAUGGCGGCCUUCGCCAAGACCAAGAGGAGCGCCACUGCGACCGAGCCCCAGGAGCAGUUCCGACCGAUGGCCAAGAUCCACAUGAAGGACUACGGCGCCAAGAAGCUGCACUACGCCAACGACAUCGCGCUGGUGGAGCUGGAGAGCGAGGUGGCGGUGACGGCCUGGACGCUGCCCGUGUGCGUGGACUGGUCGCUGGAGCUGCCGGACCUGCGCAACGGCGAGGAGGGCACGGUCGUCGGCUUCGGGAACACGGCGUACGAGGCGAGCGAGACGCUGCGCUUCGCCAAGCUGCCCUUCGUGCGCGCGGACGACUGCAAGAAGCUCGUCGACGACCAGCUGGCCAUCUUCAACCUGCUGCCCGACAAGUACUGCGUGGGCUUCGUCAACAACACCUCGGUGGCGCCGGGCGACAGCGGCGGCGGCAUGGCCUUCGCCAACCACGUGGAGCGCGCCUGGUACCUGCGCGGCGUCGUGUCCGUGGGCAGCUCCAAGAAGACCACCUACUCGUACUUCACCAACGUGACGGCCUUCGUGCCCUGGAUCUCCGGCAUCAUCCGCCAGGGCGAGCUGAGCGGCCAGCGCUGCGGCGUGGACGUGGCCGAGUCCGGCGUGGUGGACGGCGCCGUGGCCGACCGCCAGGACUUCCCCUGGGAGGUGGACGUGUACUACAAGCAGACCUCGAACCGCGCCUUCGAGCGGCUGUGGUCCGGGGUGCUCAUCAAGCCCAACCUCAUCAUCACGUCCGUGGUGAACCAGGGCGCGGGCGACCCGCCGCGCAUCGUGGACCUGUCGGAGUACCCGGCGUCCUGGUUCCGCGUCGCGUCGCGCCGCAACGCGCAGUCCGCGCUGACGCUGGACGAGAAGGUGGGCAACGUGAGCGAGGUGGUGCGGCUGUUCGCCCCCGAGGACGUGUACGCCAACCAGGGCCUCUUCUACAGCUUCGCCCUGAUGGAGCUCAAGCAGCCUCUGAACCUGAUGCCGGUGUGCGUGGACUGGACGGGUGGCGCGCAACUGAAGACCAGGCCGUUGGGAACGACCUUCUUUGAGACGCCGGCGAACAACACCCGCAUGUGGAAGCGAUACUCGACUCUCAACGCCAACAACUCCUGUGGCGACAGCAAGUUGUCUUCGUACAGUCACUACUUCUGCGCCGCCCACCAGGGCGAGGAGCCGCAGCACCGGUCGCGCACCAUGCUGGUCAGCGUGGACAACUCGUGGUACCUGCGCGGCGUGUGGUUCGCCACCUCGCAAGAGGAGGACAAGUCCGUGGCCAUCUUCACGGACAUGGUGGACCCCGGAGUGCUGCGGUGGCUGGACACGACCAAGGACAAGCUGGGCAAGCCCACGUGCGGGAACAUCAACCUGUGCGAGCAGCUGACGCCGUUCGUGGCGCUGCCGGGCCACAUGCCGUGGAACGUGGCGGUGGCGAACCAGCGCGGCCGCGUCGUGGGGUCGGGGCUGCUGGUGCACCCCAACGCCGUGCUCACCGCUGGCUCCAUCCUGAAGGAGGCGACUGGAUGGGAGGGCAGGGACGAGUUUCCUGCGGAUUACGCCAAGAGAAUGACGGUGCUCUUCACGGAGCAGGACGGCACGGCCAGGACCGCGUCGGUGCUGCGGGUGAGCGUGCACGAGAACAAGGCCGCAACGGACAACGGCAUCUCCGCGGUGCUCCUGGAGCUGGCCCCCGAGGACGCCAUCUACUCCACGCCGGUGUGCCUGGACCUGAGCGGCAACGUGCUGCAGCCGCUCGUCCCGGGGCAGGUGGGCAUGGUGGAGUCGUGGAGCGAGUGGAAGCCGUCGAACCACAGCAUGAUCGGCGCGCAGUUCCUGGGCUCGGUGGAGUGCACCAAGAAGGCCGUCUUCCGGGGCGACCCUCAGAGCGGGGUGCUGUUCUGCUCGGAGGGGCAGAAGGGCACCAUCGGCCCGGUAACGCGCGGCGGCGGCUACCUCGUCAACACGGGCGCGCAGUGGUUCGUGCAGGGCCUGUACGUGGACAGCGUGGCGCUGCGGAGGACCGACCUGAUGCUGGCCGUCGACCUCCGCGACACCGACGUCCGCGCCUGGCUACGGAAGAGGAUGGACAAGCUGGAGAUCCAGGACCCGGACCGCCUGAUCGACGCGGGGCCGAAGAACUGCGAGGGCGGCAAGCCUGCCCUGUCUCAGUGCGGCGUGUUCGAGUCCGUGGACCAGAACCCCCAGGACACCGGCUUCGACAUCCUGCACCGCGCGUCCAAGGACCACAUGCAGUGGAACGUGAAGGUGCACGUGGACUACGGCGCCGAGGGCUGGGGCGUGCAGGGCGGCGCCGUGGUCAGGCCCAACAUGGUGCUCACGUCGGGCAGGCGCCUCGUCUCGGGCACGGGGGCCAACGCGCGGCCCAUCUCCACCAGUGACUUGAUCGUCAGGUACAUCUCCGUGGACCUCAGGGACAAGCGCAUCGUGGAGGUCGAUCGUAUCCACGUCCGGGCGCGUCCCAACGCCCGCCCGCAGGACUUCGACCUGGCGCUGCUGGUGCUCAAGACCGCCGUGGACCUGACCCCCGUGUGCUUGCCCACAGCCGGGAUGCUGGCGGACGGCACGCUGCCGCGGCUCGCGGCUGGCGCCAUCGGCUUGGUGGAGGUCGGCAACCAGGACGAGGUGCUGAACCCGCUGGUGCCCGUCCACUACCGCACCGCGGACGAGUGCAAGGGCCUCGUCAACGACUCCAACGCCGUCCAGCAGGCCAACGACGCGUUCUGCGCCGAGACCACGGUCACGAACCUGGAUACGGGGAACGCCGGCUUCCUGCCGCUGGGCUACGCGCUGUCCGUCAGGACCAACGGCUCCUGGUUCCUCCGCGGCGUGCUGGGCCGCUCCCUGCAGAGCGACGUGCACUCCUUCGCCAGCCUGGACGACGCCGACGCGCUCGAGUGGCUGGCUAGCAAGGUGCGCGCCGACGUCCCGGACGCAGUUAACGACUCGAAAGCCACCACUCCUGCGACGUCGCCGGGCAGGACGACCACCAUGAGGCCGAGGACUACGACGCCCAGCUACGGUCCCACCAAGUCGUCGCCGUUCAAGUGCGGCCAGACCAGCCAGCCUCUGGAAUCUCUGAGCGCCAACCAGAGCAUGCCGGGCCACAUGCCCUGGUCCGUUGGCGUGCUCAAGACCAACGACAAGGGCGUGACCUUCGUGAGCGCGGGGGUGCUGGUGCGGGAGAACAUCGUGAUCACAGAGGGCGUCACGAUGACGGUGCCCCAGGGCCGCUGGAACUACACGGCGGACGUGCGGCCCGUGGAGCUGGCCAGGCUGCGCGUGGUGUGGGUGGCGCCGUCGGGCAAGCGGACGCGCAGCGAGGUGGCCGCCCUCCACGUGCAUGAGCGCGACCGCGGCCCCACCACCGACCAGGCGUACGACGUGGCCGUGCUCGUGCUCAAGACCCCCAUCAAGAACAGCGUCCUCGCCUGCCUCGACCUGGCCGGCGAGGUGCCCACCCUGCCUCCCAUCGCCACGGGGGACGUCGGCGUGGUGGAGACGUGGCGCGGGGACUUCUUCGCGGACCGGCGCCUGCUGCUGGCGCUGGCCGCCAUCGCCGUGGACGACUGCCGCGCCAGGCUGGCGGGCACCUCGGACGAGCAGACCAUCACGGACGACAGGUUCUGCACCGCGAGGGUCACCGACGAGGUGUGGGACGGCGCCCCCUUCAUGGUGCGCUGGCGCGGCGCCUGGUUCCUGCGCGGCGUGCAGUCCGUCUCCGUGCCGGAGGGCGGGCCGCACCUCGUCACCGACCUCCGCGACGACAGCGUCAGGGACUGGCUGCGCGAGAGGAUACCCCCCCUCAUCGACACCUCGGAGAGACUCCCCAGCACCCCCCAGAGGCCCGCCGCCACUUCGCAGAGACCCGUCACUACUUCCCAGAGGCCCAGGCCGCCAGUGGUCCGUCCCACGGGCUCGAUGACGGCUCCUGUUUGGGAAUGACAAUGAGACAGACGAUUCCUCCCCAACGCACUACGGACUGUUGUGCGAGUGUGGGCUAGCCCUCGGUGUGUCCUCCCUGCGACUGGAUACAUAAUGAAUGGUCCUGGCGUCAAACAGAUUUCCUAACGAGUUAUCCAUUCGCAUAACUUCUGAAAAGCCAGCUUGCCCACGGCCUGCUCUAUUCACAGUCCAUAUCGCAAGACUAUUUUAAAAGAUAACUCGAGCCACUUUGGUCUAAGUUUAUUUCAUAAUAAAAUAGAAACGUUUUCCUUUC